ACGUACUCUACCGACUACAUAAAAUACUGUCGGUGAUUUAUCAAACUUCUAUCCCCAUUCGUGCGAUCGCAUAAGUGAGCUAUCCACGCUACAACAUUUCCUUCUUACUAUUGAAAUCAUCAAGCCUAGGCGGGCCUAUGGGUGUCUUACAGCGCAAAGAUAACCAUCCGGCCACAGCAGAUUUAAGCAGCUCUGUGCGCUCCUCAUGCUCUCGUCAAACUUUUUCUAGCGAACCAUGCCUUGAUUUGUGAUUGUUUUUCGUUGCUUUAUAUGUGAGCAUGUGUAGCCCAUGUUGGAGCAUUAAUUGUCAUCAAAUACUUCGAGGGGAUUCUCGGUUCACGCAACGAUUGGGUGACAGAGAAUAUUCGGCUGUGUUUAGUUCAGCUUCCAGUUCCCAAGUACUUUACUGCAUUUUAUUAGAUCGCUCCUAAUCCGUCACUAUGCGUCUCUUGUACGCAGUAAUAUCUGCGUUGAUUGCUUCUAUCGCUGUCGCGCAAACUCGCUCUCCGAAACGUGGCUUGGUAUUUGUGCCAAAUUCCACCACCCUACAGGACGAUAAAAUAUGGGUUCAACGCAAUUCCGAUCUGACGUGGUAUUACAAUUACCAAUCAACACCAUCGUACGCCUUUAAUAACUUACCACAAGACCAAUUCGAAUUCGUCCCUAUGAUAUGGGGCGCUAUCGAUGAUACUUCCUUUCUUGACUCAGUUCAAGGACAGAUUGACGGCGGUCGGAAGAUCACACAUGUACUGGGAUUCAACGAACCAGAUUCCCAAUACAAUGGUGGUAGCAACAUUCAGCCAUCAAGGGCUGCGGACGUAUGGGUGAAGAACGUUGCACCUCUCGCCGAUAAGGGAGUCAAGUUGGGCCUACCAGCCUGUACCGGAAACUACAAUGGAAUACAAUGGCUUCAGCAAUUCCUCGGUAAUUGUUCGAAUUUAAUCAGUACCGACACCGAGAGAAAGAACUGCACCUACGAUUUUGUCACCAUUCAUUGGUAUGGGGAUUUCGAGGGACUGGCGAGUCAUAUGGGCUUAUACUCGGCGGCGUUCCCUAAUGUCUCCCAAUGGAUCACCGAGUAUAACUACAACGAUCAAGAUCUCGCCACAACCCAGAGCUUCUUUAACACAUCUACUGAGUACCUUGAUCGCAUGGACUCGGUUGAACGUUAUAGCUACUUUGGGGCCUUUCGGUCCAAAGUUAGUAACGUCGGUGCCAAUGCGGUCAUGUUGAAUAAUAAUGGACAGCUUACGGAUAUUGGUUCAUGGUACUUGGGAAUCGGCACCAAGGGUGUUGAUCCUCAAUCGAAAGCGACAAAAUAUAGGCCAAUGACGAGUAUCAUCAGCUCUGCAUUGGCUGUGAGCAUCCUCUUCAUGCUGUAAAGCGAUGCCAUUACUUGGAUUGAGGUUUGGGGACUUGGGUGAGAUGACCGAGAAAGUCAACGGCUCGGCUGCGGAUAUAUAGAACCGAGACGACAUAGUUCGAUUUCUAGGUGGAUAAAAUAAGUCCUAGGUCACUUUAAGCGCAUACAGUAGGAAAUGGCUUGGGGUUAUACAUGGAGUUCAGGAUAGGAAUAUGUACUGUAGGUAGUCUGACAAAAAUAAUGGCAUGUUUUCAUUAAAGUGUUGAUCAAUGGUUGUCGAAUAGGAGUUUUAGUGAGCUUAGAAGGAGAUCUUACCCCGGACUCUCACUAACCACGGGAAAAGUUUAGGCGAUCAUCUACUUACAGCACUGAGUUUAGAGGUACAUAAGUCCCCUACAAACGGAAACAAGUGGGAACAAACGGGACGGUGAUAGGUACCAUGUACUUAGAUUAUAGCGAAGAAUGAACUUGCCGUAGCGUACCUAGGUAGUGUAUCUAGUACUCGCUGGAAAUCCCCACCGAUAGAUCUGCCGAUGACCGAAGUACGCCGAAACAGGCCUCGGCAAAAUGCAACAAACGAGCGUAUCCCUGUAUUACCUC